CUAUGCUAAUAAAUGUUGUUGAUUAUUUUCAGUCUCAAGAGAUUGUAGAUGAAAUAUUAGCAGCCAGAGGAGGUGGAUCUAAGCUUGGCCAAAGCCAAAGGAUUCCCCCACCACCAUCACAGCGCCCCCCAGAACCCCCAGGAAUGUACGGCAUGAGGAGUAACGUCGAGCAGUAUGCUGGUCCCUCUGGCCCCCGGCGCCCUGGCAACCACAUUCCAUUCAUACAAGAUGGUGGACAGAAUGAAGUCCUAGAGAAAGAUGUGCAAUUGCUGAAUCACUGUUUUGAUGACAUCGAGCGGUUUGUGGCGCGCCUACAGCAGGCAGCUGAAGCAUACAAGGAGUUAGAACGUAGGAAACGAGAGCGAGGCAACCGGGCACGAAAGAGACAGAGUGGAGAUGGCAUGCUGAGUCACAGAGCCCGACCCCCACCUGCCAGUGAUUUUAUCGAUAUUUUCCAGAAGUUCAAGUUUUCUUUCAACCUGCUGGCCAAGUUAAAGGCGCACAUCCAUGAUCCCAAUGCACCAGAGUUGGUUCACUUCCUGUUUACGCCUUUAAGUCUGAUCUACGAAGCCAGUCGUGAUCCGUUCCACGGCAACCGGGAUCUUGCCGACCAGGCAAUAUCUCCUGUUGUCAACCAUGAAGCUAAACAACUGUUGCUCAACUGUCUGACGUCCAAGGAGAUCGAGCUAUGGCAGGCGUUGGGGCCCAAAUGGACAACUAGCAGAGAAGAAUGGAGAGGCUACACGCCCCCGUUUAACCCCGUGUUCUACGAUGGCUGGCGACCGUCACCGAGUGUGAUCGAGGAUUCUCCUCCUCCUCCUCCACCUCAGGUACCAUUAGAGGCAGCGGUUCUUGCCCACCACAACCAAAUCAUGAACCACACGCAUGAGUCGGAUACUAGGCCAAUGCCUACCUACCAAGAGGAUGAUUAUCAGCGUAGAUUUGAGCCACCACGCCCGUCACCGCGCCCACCAAGCCCACGGCCGCCGAGUCCGCCAAGGCAUGCUAUUCAGAGUACUUCAGCAGUGUACCCAGAAUAUGUAGAACAGCCCCAAGAGAGAAACCGUCCCGAAAUGAGGCGUCAGUCUCCUACAUCGUCACGAGAUGAGGAAAACGCAGCCUACCUGGAUGAGCUGAGGCGGGGUGGUCAUCAAGUUUACGAAGCACUUCAUGAAAGAAAGGGCAAAAAUCAAAAAGAAAUCUCAGUGAAUAAAGGAGACAUCUUGCAGGUGGUGGACAGUAGCCGGAAGUGGUGGAAGGUGCGGAACUACAAGGGCGAAAUGGGUUAUGCCCCUUACACAAUACUGACCGAGGUCAAGGACUUGGGAUACGGAACGGUUCCCCGCAAUUAGUUGCGCAGCAUUGAUUCCGUAGGUAGCCAGCUGGAGUAUUUACAAGCUUGCCAUAUUAACCCCCUGAGUGUGUAUACACCGCAUCAUACAGUCUCUUGUCUUGUCUUACAUCAUACUUGCCGUACAACUUCUUUCAUUCAACCAAGGAAAUUGUCAAGACUAAAAUUAUGAAAAGGCAUUAAUUUUGUUGUGGUUCUGAUUGCCAUGUUUAUAUAAAUUUUGGAGGGAGAAUAUUUCAGUGUCAAUAGAGUUGUGAUGUGUGUGCCUGUCGGUGUGUGGUGUGUUUGUUGGGGAGAUAUGUGUGUAUCUGUUUGUGUGGUCUGUCUAUGUGGUCUGUCUAUGUGUUGGGGUUGUUGUCUC